AUGACUGAGCAAGUUGUUUCCAAAGAACAACCAUCAGCGACUGAAAGCCCUAUGGACGUUGAUGUGCAGGGGGACACACCAGUUCUUGGGACCAAUGACUCUAAUACCAAAGAUAUCCCAGAGUUUUGGCUUUUCUUUUCAGACAACGUCGUUAGUAGCUGGGAUAGUGAAGGACAACAAGAGAUCUCUAGGCAAUUGGACGAGAAAGAACAAAACUUUGAAACCAUAGUUUACGAAACUUUGAUGAUCGUAAAAGACUUUCCGAAGAGACUUUCAAUUGAGAAACUACAAUCUUUUCUGAAUGAGCUGCUGAAGGAUAAUUUUAAGAGAUCGGAAACUUUUGUCCUUCUAUUCAACUGUUUAACGGUCAAUGACAAUAUGAUUCAACUACUGAAAUCUCUAGAUAUUGAAACCUCUAUAAAACUUGAUCAUCUAGAGAGAACAACGUUGGAGAAAUUGCAGUUGACAUCGAGGAGUUAUAAGCAGAAGACAUUUGCUUAUCUGAGGGAUAAUGUAUACUCAUUUGAAAACUUUACUCUCUUGGGAGAAUCUAAUGAAGGUUACAGUCGUUUAGUGCUACUGCUAACCGAAUACUUUAAAGGGGAGAAUACGAAAUAUGUUAUUCCAAUAAUGGUCGAUGAUGUGCUGAAAAUCAUGAAUCACUUUCAGCUGGAUUCAGUUAAAUGCUUGGAUUUGAUAUUCACUAUUUCUGCGACGUAUUCCUUAAAUCGACUGGAAUUGAUUCUGGACUUUUUGAAACAAACUCCCUUUUGGCCCGAAAAAAUAGUUCAACAUCAAAACAAACUUGACAUAGAGGCCGUUUUCAAAAACAUUUCUAACAAGAAUGACUCCGGAGGUAGUUUGAUAUCAUCUCAACUGGUUGCGAGCAAGAUUACGAGGUACAAUACCGAUGAGUUGACAGUUACUAAUGAAUUUUUUCUUUUCGUGUCAGUUCUUAUCCACAUUGGAUUCCUGAAAUUCUCUGUUAUAUUCGACAGUUUAUCAGAUCAGCCCGAUGAUGCCGCGGAAAAGCUUUAUGAAAUCUACAAAAGAAUGACUGAGGUGAAUAUAUUUGAGGCUUCUGCCUCAGCGUUAGCUUUGGCUGGACCUCUACCAGACGAUGAUGACCUUGAUAACUCAAACGGAGACGAUGUGACAAUGAAGGAUGCUUCGGAACCGAAUCCAGUGAAGCAACUAUCACCAAUGGAAGAAUUUCAAAUACUGUCUAAGCAGAGAAACAGUGCAAAGAUCGAACUGUUGAAAAGUUUUCUCAGCAUUGGGCUCUACAUGGAGUCCCUUUUAAUACUAUCGAAGUAUCCAUAUUUACCAUUGGUUGAUGAUCAAAUCGCCGACUUGAUCAACAGGUUUGUUUCUGCAUGCAUAAAUGACUAUUAUGAGAGCAGUACACAUCAUACUCUUCACCUUAAAGACAUCUUAGAACCUACAGCUAACUCCCAUUCCGCUCGUAUCAUGACAUUCGAUCCAUUUGAAAAAGAAGUUUCUGGAAAGAAAACUAUUUUCUUUUUUGAUUGGAAGGCCCUACUUCCAGAGAUCACGACCAGGGAGGAGUUUGUUAAACUGUGUCACGAACUUCUGCAUUUCAACUCUUUCAGGUUGACUAGAGAUCCAAUAUUACUGUCCAAGAUCUGUAGAAUCAUUUAUCAUGACAUUUCAAAACAUGGAAAAUCUCAAGAGGUUUUGGAUUAUUGGCUUCCAUUUUAUAGGUCCUUCAUUCUACCCUGCUUUCCAUUAUUGGAAGAAAAUUGCCCUUUGAUCCAGGAGCUUUUUAGAAUUAUUGCUGAAUACCCAUUAGAAGUGAGAUACAACCUCUAUGGAGAUUUACAUUACAACAUUUCAAAGAAUGUCCCCGAAAUCAAGUUGCCUUAUAAUAGGGCUGAAAAACAGACCAAAAAUGCAUUAAAGAGACUCUCCAAUACUAAUAUUCAAACAAUGACGAGAAAGUUGGCAAAAAUUGCUUUGUCAAACCCUAUACCUUGUUUGUUGGUUAUUGUCCAACAACUGGAGAGCUAUGAUAAUUUGAAUGAGCUUAUCGUUGAUGUUUCAAAGUAUUUUAACGAUUUCACCUGGGACGUUCUUCCAUUUAUCAUCCUGAUAAGGUUGACAGUAAACAGGCCACAUUAUCAACCUGAUGGGAUUAAUAUAUCCCAAUGGCUUCAAAGUUUGUCCGUAUUUCUCGGAGAAAUUUCAACAAGUUCUUCCCUAAUGAACAUUAAACCUUUGUUAGUAUUCAUUAUCAAACUAUUAUACAGGGAUAACUCUUUGGUUUUACCCAUUUUGAACCAGUUAUUGCUGUCAAUGGGGGGAAUUCAGAAAACAUCAAAUUUGACAUCCACACAGAUUAUUCAAUUAAAUUCUGAGCACAGUCUGAAAAGAAUUAUAUACAGUGUGAUACAAGAUAAACGACUACUGAAGACUCGACCGGCUAGUCGUCUCGUUGCCAGUUUGUUAAGAACGGGAGGGCUUUCUGAAAUUUUCGUUCUACUUUGUCAAUUAAUGACCAAACUUCAGUUAGACGUCGAUAAGAAUCAUCAAUUUUUGAAAGUUCUUGGACAGAGAAUAGAUGAUUUGAGUUCACUUAUCCAAUUGUUCACAGAAUUUAUCUUUUCCUUUGUUACACCUGACAAAUUCAAGCAAAAUUUUCCUUCCUUACUUGAGUUAUGUUCUGAUUUUAACAUUGAUGUUGCUUGGGCGUUUGAACUCUGGAGAAACUUCUCAAAAGAAUACAAUGUAGAGAUUAUUCAACGUAUCAAACCUGACUAUAACUGGAAAUAUCUCACUCCGCAGCUGUAUGCUUUCUUUUGGAAUUUGUCACUAUAUGACGUUGAUUAUUCUCCUGAGUUGUAUGAUGAUGCUAUUAAGAAAGUUGAACUUCAAAUAGCCAAGAUAGAAACACAAAUAAAGACCGCAAGCAGAACAGUUACUGGUGCCAACAUUCAGGUUUUGAAGAAAGAGCUUUCUGAACUAGCUCACUCUCAGUCGAAUAUACCUCUGGAUAAAGAGCGCCAUAAAAAACACAGCGAGAACUUCAAAAGGGAAGUGCAAGAAGCGAGACAGGAAUGGUUCAAAGAUUUUGGAAUUGAUAAUGCUGCUGAUCAGACCGCUGCUUUUCUAUCUUACUGUAUUCUCCCAAGGGCCACUCACUCAUCUUUUGACGCGGUUACUGCAGGGAAGGCCAUAUUUUUCCUUUACGAACACUGCCCAAAGAAUUUUCAUCUUAUUUCACUAUUGCAGCAGUUAUUUUCAGGCAGGUUUUUGCAUCAGGCGCUCUUCACUAGUACUUCCUCGGAAGCUGAAAACCUAGGAAUUUUUUAUUCCUACGUUCUGGAAGAGCUCAAUAAAUGGAGGGUUCCCGAUGAGUACCCCCUGAGUGAUUGUGAACACGAUAAAUUUUUGGAAACACUUUUCAAUUGGCAUGCAGAUCUUCUUGCCGAUAUUUCUAAGGCCUUAAAGGCAGAGAAUUUCAUGUCCCUUCAUAAUGCAAUAGUGUUUCUGAAAACUCCGGCUUCAUUAUUUCCAACUGUGGAGUCACAUUGCGAGUCUUUACUUUUUACUUUGGAUCAAAUCAUAUCAAACGAUACCAGAGGUGACAUCUUACUGCCCGCAAGGUCUUUAAGUGGCCUGAUCAAGGCACGUAGAUCUUCAUGGAUUUUAGGAUGGGACUUUUACGCAAUGGAUCUAAAGCAAAAGCAAUUUUUAUUGCUCAAAAAGAGAGCCAUUAACAGAAUCAGAAUCGAAAAGCGUAGGAAGGCCGAAGAGGAGGCAAGAAAAAUUGAAAUGGAAAAGAAUAAAGCUCCCAACGCAUAUGGUUUGGCUUCACUUCCUGUUCGCAAGGUGGUCAAAAUUAAAACAACAAUUGAAAGCCCCACAACUUUAAAUUCGGUCGACUUUUCUGAUAAUAAGAAGCAGGCCGAAAAACAGUACGAGAAUGGUAAAAGCAAAGAGGGAACCAAAAAGGCAAAGUUACCUGAGGGACCAAAGAAAGAGCACAAAAGAACAAAAGAGGAAAAGAGAGAAAGACAAAAGGAAAAGGAAAGGGUAAGGAUGAAAGACAAAGAGAAGCAGCAGGAGAAAGAAGGUGAUAUUGAGAAGGACACCGACAAGGUGACAGAGAAAGAGAACAAGAAGGAGAGUCCGAAAGAGAAAGAAAACGAGAAGGCACCAGAGAAGCGAGUAGAAGAGGUAAGCUCUGAAGGGAAAGGAAAAGAAAUUAAAGAUAGAGAACAAGAAAGACCCAGGUCAUCUGAAAACGAUCUAAAGGAAGACUCGUCCAAGCGCAGAGUAGAUACUAAAUCCGAUACACCUCCUCACUCCAAUCAAGACAACUCAGAAGUAAAAGCACCAGGUAAAUCUACAAGAGAAUUGCUUGAGGCAAGAUUGAAACAGGAGAAAGAGUUUGCUAGGCAAAAGAACCAGACCGGUGGUAAGAACAACUCAAGACCUCCUUCCAGAUCUGAAAAGGAAGCGGAGAGUACAGAUGUUCGAACAGAGUCUCGAAAUGAUUUUAGAGGUGAUGUGAAGAAAGAGAUUCCAAGAUUUCCAAGACGAAAUGAGUAUCCUUCUAGCCGCAACUAUCAGAGACCCGUUUCAACUGUUAGUCGUGGCCUCCCUCAAGGACCUGCUCGGGAUAGACAAGAUUCUGACAAGCCACUUCCACCUCCUUCCCAACCGCCACCCGGCCCGUAUUCAACUUCAAGAGGACCCUCAUAUUCUGGCCGAGGUGGACCGAGACAACCACAAAGUCAAACAUUUCAAUCAAGGGAUAGGGGAAACCAGUCUGGAUUCAGAGAUAGAAAGAGACACCGGGAUGACACUGAUUACUACUCUCGUGGAAAGAGGACUUACGAUUCGAAAGGUUCCAAUUAUCAUGACCGAGAAAAGAGAUACGAUUGA